CUCAAUAUGGGCAGGUGUUGCUUGAAGAGAGGUGUGCUCCUGCCUCUUCUCCACCUCCCACUCUUUGUCCCACAGGGAGGCAAGGCAGGUGGACGAGGAGCUGCUGCCAUGACACCUGAAGGCAGAGCGUGAGCGGUUGAACUCAUCUGUCAGCGGUUGCUAACUGACGAUUGCUACUUCCUCAAAUCAGUUUUCUUCUGAAGCCUUGAAGGAGCUGAAUCAUGCGUCUUCUACCACGACGGCGUAUGUCCCCUGUGAAGUGGGCUCUCAUCGGGGGGGCUGUCUUCAUGGUGGCCUUGGUGGUUCUGCAGAGGGAUGCUGGCCCCUCACCCUCCGGUGACCCCUGGUUCCAGGAACUAGUGGACAAGAAGGACAUGAUGAUCGGCAUGGUCUGUGAGGCUGUCAACAACAUUGGCAACUUCCAGAUUGGUGCUCCGCCACCUCCUCCUUUACCAGACCUGGUGGAGCCCACCCAAAACAUUGUUUGCCCUUCUGGCUUCUACAGCAAGGAGGAGCUCAAGCCUUACCUGGACAGACCACCGCAGGACCCCAACGCCCCAGGGGCUGAUGGGAAGGGAUUUCAAAAGGAUGUUUUGUCACCAGAAGAGGAGAAGGAGAAGCAGACGGGCAUGACCAAGCACUGUUUCAACCAGUUUGCCAGCGACCGCAUCUCUCUCAGCCGGAGCCUUGGCGCGGAUACGCGGCCUCCAGAAUGUGUAGGGCAGAAGUUUCCCCGCUGUCCUCCCCUACCCACCACCAGUGUUAUUAUAGUGUUCCACAACGAGGCGUGGUCCACCCUACUCAGGACGGUGUACAGUGUCCUGCACACAUCCCCCGCCAUCCUGCUCAAGGAGAUCAUCUUGGUGGAUGACUCCAGCACUGAAGAGUACCUGAAGAGCCACCUGGAGGAGUUUGUACGCGAACUCAAGAUUGUCAGUGUGCUGAGGCAGCCAGAGAGGAAGGGCCUGAUCACAGCCAGGCUGCUGGGUGCUAGUGUCGCACAGGGCCAAGUUCUCACCUUCCUCGAUGCACACUGUGAGUGUUUCCAUGGUUGGUUAGAGCCGCUGCUUCGCCGUAUCGUUGAAGUGCCAACCGCUGUGGUCAGUCCUCACAUCGCCUCCAUUGACCUCAACACGUUCGCGUUCAGAAAGCCCACUGCGACUGAGCGUGCUUACAACCGAGGAAACUUUGACUGGAGCUUAGGGUUUGGCUGGGAGCCCAUCCCUGCAGAUGCCCGUGAUCUGCGCAAGGAUGAAACCUAUCCUGUCAAAACACCCACUUUUGCCGGCGGUCUAUUUUCCAUCUCAAAGAGCUUCUUUGAACACAUCGGAACAUAUGAUGACCAAAUGGAGAUUUGGGGCGGUGAGAAUGUGGAGAUGUCCUUCCGGGUGUGGCAGUGUGGUGGUCAGCUGGAGAUCAUUUCUUGUUCUGUGGUGGGCCAUGUCUUCCGGACCAAGAGCCCGCACACCUUCCCUAAGGGCACAGAGAUCACUCGCAACCAAGUGCGCCUGGCCGAAGUGUGGAUGGACGACUACAAGCAGAUCUUCUAUCGUCGGAACAAGAUGGCUGCUGCCAUGGCCAGAGAGCACACCUAUGGAGACAUCUCUGAUCGUCUAAAACUGAGAGAGAACUUGCAGUGCAAGAACUUCUCUUGGUACCUAAACAAUGUCUACCCAGAAGCUUUCAUUCCAGAUAAAAUCCCUGUCAAGUAUGGAGCAAUACGGAACGCGGGAUCUAGAACCUGCCUGGAUACCGGUGAAAAGAACACUGGAGGAAAACCCCUUAUCAUGUACAGUUGUCACAACAUGGGAGGCAACCAGUACUUUGAGUAUACUUCCAAUAAGGAACUGCGUCAUAAUAUCGGAAAGGAGCUGUGUCUUCAUGCGGUGCCUCAUCCGGCGCCCGUGAAGAUGGAGAAAUGUCAGCUGCACGGGAAGGGCACUAGUUUAUCGCCACAACAAGAGUGGAUCUUCACAAAGGAGAACCUUUUGAAGAAUCCCAGCAGCGGAGAAUGUUUACAGCUGAAAGGAAGCACUAUUCAGAUGGACAAAUGUAAUGCCGCUGACCUCUACCAGCAGUGGAGCUUCACUUGACCUCCUCUUCUGCUGAAACGUUCUGCUGAAUACUUGACUUUGUACGGAGCGAGGAGCAUUUGGUUGCAAUGGGUAGCUCCAUGACAUUGCAGGACCCCGCCAUGACUGACUCAGGGAUACACAAUGGUUUUAUAAUAGAAGAGCCAAGCCAUUUGGAUGGCUUUAAGAUGGUGAAAGACAGCAAUUGACCUUGGGAAAGAUAUGAGGUGUCUGGUUUUAAAUUAUUUUUAUACUUUGCUGUUUGAGACCUACUGCCAGUAUUGGGGUGGAGCAUCGGUAACAAAUGUGGCCACUAAUUGUGGUGGGAAACGCUUUUGCUCACAGUUCGGACACUGUUAAAUUGUUAUUUACUGCUUGCUCGGUCCACAUGACCAAGUACUGUUGGAAAGGCAUCGGCUAGUCCAGCUGCAUAGUGGCCCAUGGUCACUAAACAGUCCAGUGUGAAAUGACUUUGACAUAUUAAAAUGCAUUUCUUUUGCUGGUAGGGAAUCAGGAACUCCAACCACUUGUGUCUGAUUGUGGUGUCUUUAGGAAUUGCUAGCAAGUAGCAAGCUUGGGGGAGAGCAGAGUGCUUAUCAGGCUUACAGAUACGCCCAUAUAUGGAAGUUCUGUGACAUCACAAAGGAGCAGUUUUGCCCUCUGAAACCGAGCAUUUUGAGCCAUCCGGAACUUCUUUCAGGACUACCUUCCAAAUGCACAAACCUCAUUAUCUGAAUCUUUGGCAUCGUUUAGCACAGAAUACAACAGGAUAAGCGGCAUAGAAAAUGGAUGGAUGGAUAGUUGGCAUCAUACUUUCAGCUGCCGUCAGGUUGAGUUCCCAUUAUGGGUGACAUCAGAUGUGAUGGACAAUUCAUCCAAAAAUGUACAUGCCAGUUCAGAUGAUUACAUUAAAUUGGGGUUGCUGUGAAUGUUUAUUGCAUUGAAAAACCUGCCUGUGAGGUUUUGCUGACGUGUGUAAUGUGCAACUGUCAGCCAAUUUACCACAGCGCAGGGUGCGCUUUGCCUGCACCAACAAUAGACCAGGACAGAGCUGGUGAUCUUUCAGGGCACCAUUUGUUUUGUUGCGAAAUUGUCACUGCGCCAAGCUGAAAAUGUGGACACCUCCCCUGGUGUGCCAUCACACCCAUGUUGGCGCUGCCCAGUCUACCAAAUUACCACUGCGUGGGGCGAGCCACGCUCCACCGCCCUGCACCACAUCUGUUGUUUGGAGAUGACUUGUUACAAAGUCUCCACUGUAACCAAAGCAAAAGACUUGAUCUGAGCCUCUCUAAUGUAAUCAACCAUUGUGCUGAGGGCGACAAACAUUCCUGACCAUUGUGUCAAAUGUUUCUGAAGAACCUGAAAGGUGAAGUGACGACGCUGUUAUACCUGCUCUGUCAGAACGUACGUUUGACAGUUAAGUAACAUUCUCAAUAGAUCUCAUAGGGAGGAAGGCUUCUUUUGCAAUGCUAGGUGGCAGCAUUAACACAAAGGUUUUGGGUUGAGGAAAGUUGGGAUUUCAGUUGACUUUUCAUCCCACCUUGUGCCAUAUAUCCAUACAGGCUGUGUUCGUUUUUUUUUCUUUUCUUUUCUUCCCACAGAAAGGGGUCGCCAGGAUAGGACACGCUGUUAUAACUCAUUGUAGAUUUUUAUUUUAUUUUAUUUUUCAACAGAUUUUUUUAUCUCCACAAAUAACAGGUUGUGGACCUGAAAAUAUAAAGGCUACGGUAACUUAAACAUGUAGAUAGUUAUUUAAUAUACAUCCAUAAACAACAACAUAGGUAGCCCAGGUAAGCAUAUCAAACAUCACAACCAGUAAAGUAUUGUCGUGUACUGUAGUUUUUGUAGUAACACCGCACAUAGAAAUCCAUGAGUAAUGACAGGUAAAUAACUACAUUACACAGCAUGCAAUGCUAAAGGCAAAAGCAACCAAUCAGAAGCGGAUACAGACCUACCCAGCACCACAAACAGGAAGUAUAUUCGUUUUUGUUUUUGUUUUUUUUAAUUAGGAACGAAUAUAGAAAACAUAAAAGCAUACAAAUGUGCUAAUCUAUACUAUCACUUCAAACACAUUCAAGGCACAAGGUAAACACACACAAAAGAAAAGAUCUUAAAAUGUACUUGUGUCACCUUUGGUGAAUGUUACGGGGAAUGUUAGAUAUAGGGUCCUUCAUUUUUUACCUCUACAUCAGAGAACUUGUGUAUAAUGGAGUUUCUAUUUGAACGUAUUGGAUAUAGAGUGUUAUUCAAAUGAUUUAGUUUGUUUAGAAAAUCUUGUUCAUUUAUAUAGAGUAGUGGUAAAUUAGGAGGAAGCAGACUUUCCAAAUCAAGGAAUCGCUUUGAAUACUUUAUUAAAUUCAGAUGUUCUGCAAUUAAUACCAUGAGCUGGACAGAAGUUUUCAUAUGAAAACCAGUUGCCCUGAUUAUCCAUGAUUAUCCAUAAGAUGCGAUAUUGACCAAAUACCUUUAUCCAUCCAGUGUUGUGAAAAGAGAGAUUUUCUUUAUUACAUAUUAUAUUUAUCUAUUAUUCCAGAUGGGUGUUUGGUGUGGCAUAAAAUUAUGGUUAUACAUCAGUUUUUUGCAUAAUAGAACCUGUUUGUGAAAGGAUGACAACUUUAUGGGUCGUUUUUCAUAUAGUAGUCGUAUUUAAGGACUUUUUUUUUUCAAAUAAACCUCUGGGGAGACAAAACCAAAUACUAUUUCUAUCCAUCACAAAAGAUUUCAACCAUUUUAUCUUUAAGACAGCAUUUAAACAUUGGAAAUCAAUUGCUUGUAGGCCGCCUUCUUUAUAUUCUUUCAUAGUUUCAGAUUUUUUGAUAUAGUGAACUCGGUUUCUCCAAAUGUAACUAAAGUUUAGUUGAUUAAUUGAUAGUUUUAUCUGGUCUAGACAGAUCUUUGAUUGAUUGAUUACCCUUUUUAUAGUUUCCAUUUGGAUUCCAUUACAAUCAGUUGAUGUUUUGCUUUACUAUUAUUGACAAUAUCAAUAAUUUCCUUUUUUGUGACAUCAUUGAGAAACAAUGAAUUAGGAUUCAUUUCUAUUGUUUCAUUCCUUUGCUCCCUUGUCCUGAAUUUUGGAUUUCCUUCUUUUGGACCAAUAUUUACAAAGUGGUAUUUCAACUAUCUCAUUCAUCUCAUCUUUAUUGGCGUUUCCAACCAAACAGAGAAAGUGACCCAUUAGACAAAUAAUAAUUAACAACAACUAAUAACAAUGAUUAAUAUAAAGUUAUAAUCUGGCUGUAUUCUCUGACUGUUCAUUUUUUCUCAAGGAGGAUGAGAUCCCGCAAAUAUACCAUCAAACGUUCUCCUAUUUGGCCAUGUAGAGCCAAAAUGCUGAUGGGGUUAGAUGCCUGGAUUAGCCUGCUGCUGUGUUUAAUGUAAGUUGGCGUACGUCGGGAAUGACGCGCAUUGUGGUCUCAGAUGGCAGGUCCGGUCGCUUGUGGUAGUGAAAGGGUGAGGCUCAAUGCUAACAGCUAUUCCAAGUGUAAACAAGGGACAAAAAAAACAAAACAUGUUAAUUGAACACAUGUAUUUUUCAAAGAACGUUGAA